AGUGUGGUAGAGUCCAUCCUGAACUGCAUAAAGAUGUUGCACCCUUACUGGCACUGCCUAAAAUAUCAGGACCUUGUGAAACUUCAGGACAUUCAAGUUGAGCAGUAUCCAUUUCUCAGGGUACUCCAUUUGCCUCCUCUGUAAGUGAAGCUCUACAAGUUGUAAUGGCCAAGUAAUAUGUCUCUAGAACGUCCAAUGUUUGGCCUCAGUGUUCUCUGUUAAUUCAGUCAUGUAUUAAUGCAUGAACAACACAAACACACCAUGACACACAGGACACAGAACUGCAUUGACAGCCAGACUAAAAUAUCCCUGCAAUCAACACAUCACUCCUAACUGUACAUAGAUACUGGCUUCUAGAAUACUUGACUGUAUACAAAUAAAGAAUGCAGACAGUACAUCUAUUGAGUGUACAUGAUUUCGGAUGUCCGAAUGUAAUUGAUUCUAAUAUCCAAAAAUCUGAUCCUAAUAAAUAAAAAUAGUGUGGAACAUUUUAAUGAUUUUGAAACAGUCUUUUGAUCUUUGAUUCUAUUAAGCGGCUGAUUUUAAUAACCAGUGAUCACUAUAAAGUAUAAACAGAGUCUACUAUACUUAAACAUUACUUUUUUAACUUUUUACAUUUUGUUUAUUUUGCUUAUGUUAAGAUAGAACUUAAAUUUUGUAAAACUCGCAGUGGUGUUCUAGUAAAAUUUGAAAAAAUUAUUUUUAAGACUACAUAAAGAUAAAAGGGGAAUGUUCCAGUUCUCUGGUAGCAAUAUUAAUUGCAAGAUAUAGCCCGCCAAACAUUGGCAACAGCAAUGCAUGAAUAUAACCCCUUCCGUCCAUGAUCCGUCACUGCACACUUUUUAUUUCAUGCCCACGAACUAUAUUAAUAUUUUGAUGUCCCAACCACUUUUAAACUUAGAGACGAUUUUAUUUUCCGAAAAGAAAAUUUUACAUACCAAACUCAGUUGCGCUAUUUUUAAUAAAAAUUAUUAUUUAGCGUAGUUAUCGGGAAUUAUAUUUUGUUAUUGAACUCAUUAUUGAACCAUACAUUCUUUCAAACAUAUACAAUUAUUUGUAAUAUACCCUCAAUACCAAAUACGCUGAAUAGGAAGCAGCAAGAAGCGUAAUAUAUAUAUAUAUAUAUAUAUAUAUAUAUGUAAUUCAGAGAAAAUAAUUAUAAAUAUCUUUUUAGACAGUGCAAACUUCCUGAAAUAACAAAAGCUGUCUUUCAAAUAAUUUUUAAAUAUGAUGUGGCACAUUGUUAUAUACAGAUAUAUAUCAAUUGAAAACAAUAAGGAACUUCUGGAAAGUUUUAAGGAAUAUUGCUAGUCUCUUAUUAUAUUUUGAGAAUUAAAAAAAAAAAUCACUUUAUUUAUACACCAGUCAUGAUAUAAAGUUCUGUUAUUUAUACACCAGUCAUGAUAUAAAGUUCUGUUAUUUAUACACCAGUCAUGAUAUAAAGUUCUGUUCUUUAUACACCAGUCAUGAUAUAAAGUUCUGUUAUUUAAACACCAGUCAUGAUAUAAAGUUCUGUUAUUUAUACACCAGUCAUGAUGUAAAGUUCUGUUAUUUAUACACCAGUCAUGAUAUAAAGUUCUGUUAUUUAUACACCAGUCAUGAUAUAAAGUUCUGUUAUUUAAACACCAGUCAUGAUAUAAAGUUCUGUUAUUUAUACACCAGUCAUGAUAUAAAGUUCUGUUAUUUAUACACCAGUCAUGAUAUAAAGUUCUGUUAUUUAAACACCAGUCAUGAUAUAAAGUUCUGUUAUUUAUACACCAGUCAUGAUAUAAAGUUCUGUUAUUUAAACACCAGUCAUGAUAUAAAGUUCUGUUAUUUAAACACCAGUCAUGAUAUAAAGUUCUGUUAUUUAUACACCAGUCAUGAUAUAAAGUUCUGUUAUUUAAACACCAGUCAUGAUAUAAAGUUCUGUUAUUUAUACACCAGUCAUGAUAUAAAGUUCUGUUAUUUAUACACCAGUCAUGAUAUAAAGUUCUGUCAUUUAAACACCAGUCAUGAUAUAAAGUUCUGUCAUUUAUACACCAGUCAUGAUAUAAAGUUCUGUUAUUUAUACGCCAGUCAUGAUGUAAAGUUCUGCACACCCGAAAAUCGCCCAGAAACAUUUCCUUUGCUGCAGGAAUGUACUGAUGAAAUAACAACCAGCCAACUUGAGGAAAUAGACAGGAAAAUUGAGGAAACUAUUCAAAAUACUUCCAUUACUUUUACAAACAAGAAGUAAGACUUUUGGUUUCAUAUUUUCAUACACAAGGUUUAGAAAUUGUUUAUUGUUUUUCAAAUUAUGUAAAAAAACAAAAUAAAAGAUUUGAACACACACAUUUGACUGCUGCAUGAAGCUCAUUAUAAAAGCACAACAUUAAGAGUAACUAGUAAACCAAUCAAUUAUUGUUAAAAAAUUUGAGCUGUUGAUAAAAGCAAAUCAAAGGGACUUGCUUUAUAUUUCUCUCAAAUUUAUUUUCAAAGGUUGAGUAUCACAUUUGACAAGCUGGGUUCAAGUGUUUUGACUACAGCUUACACAGCCCUGAAACCUCAAAGUCUUUCACUAAUAGUAUGUUGUUUUUUUUACUUUUAUAACAAAUAUAUUAAGCAAAGACCUUAUGUAUGUAUACCCUUAAUAUCUUCUCAUUUCUAUUAUGUACGUUUACUCUCCUAAAAUCCAAAAUUGUCUUUCAGUUUGAAUUUAUGAAAUGUCUCCAUGAAGUUUUUUAAAAUUAAGCUUUACAUAUUGCAUUCACCUUAUUAAGAUGGCUAAAAACAUACCUUAACAGGAGUAAUGGUCUAACAUAGAAAUCUAAUUGUUAGGUUGAGAGCGGAUUUGACUCUCUUCCAUUAUAUCAUUAAAUAAGGUUCCCCACUGACCUGGGAUCAGGGUACACUUGCUGGUGUCAAGUAUGGGAGUUCAUUAGUAAUUGUUGGGACUGAAUAUUAUGUUCAUUAGUUAUUGAACGCUCUUCCCGCGCCUGACUCUUUUAGUUAGUGAAGCUCUUCCCGCGCUUGUCUCUAUGACUAUUUUUAUGCUGAGUGUGAUGUAUUGUCUAGACAGUAUUGUGAGUUUAAGUCUGUGGCAGUCUUGAGUGGAACUUUGUGGAAGUAGGAUGUAUAUUAUUUAUGUCUGAUAGCGAGCUGCGCUAAAUUCAUGUGUUUAUGUGUAUAGUAUAUACUUAGAUAUUAAAGUUAUAAUUAUUAUGAAAAGGACCUGAGUUAAUUCAGUGAUAGUAAGAAUAGUAUGACGUAUUCAACGUGUGAAAGAACUUGACAAAUCAAUCAAUCCAAGUAGACUUAGGAGUUCACAACUGGUAACAGGACCAUUUAAGUAUUAUGGUGACACUUUUACAGCUUUUACGGAUUUCAUGUCUGCUCCUGGUGCUUUUAAUAAGUUGAAGCAAGUCUUUUUUUUUAACCAUAGAGAAUCUGCCAGGAAAAUAUUAGAGAGCUGCUGAAAACAAAAUACUCCAAAAUCAGUCAUUUUUAAAAAGUUUUAUGUGAAUGUUGAGCUUAGUGAUGAUAAGGUGAUGGUCUGUCCAUCAGUCCACACCACACAUAGACUAGGUCACAGGCACACAUAGACUAGGUCACAGGCACACAUAGACUAGGUCACAGGCACACAUAGACUAGGUCACAGGCACACAUAGACUAGGUCACAGGCACACAUAGACUAGGUCACAGGCACACAUAGACUUGGUCACAGGCACACAUAGACUUGGUCACAGGCACAUCCUGUCUUCAUUUCUCCUUAUGAUGAGAUGCUUAUGCCCUGAGUGAGGGUGCAUCUAAGACACCAGAUUACAUGUGGGAAGGUUGAACACUGUUGCCUUUGCCCACUCUGGUAAUCCUUGGCAAUGUAGUCAUGGCCCAUUUGUUGAUUGAAGUCCUCAAGAAUUAUGAGUUUGUUUUGCUUUGGAUCACUGGCUAUGAUAGGGAGACGAUCCUUGUAGAACCUGGUCUAUUAUGACAGGGAGAAGAUUCUUUUAGAAACCCGGCCUUUACUUUAUCUGGGCUGGACAAUAUUGCCAGUCAUCUGAGUUUGAACUGCAAAUCCAACAAAUGUCUCACUACUGCUGAAACAUGGUUCCUUCCAGCUGGAGGAGCCUAGUUGGGAUUUGAUAAAGCUGGCAAUGUUUAGGGCAACUUUUCUUGCCUUACUCCAUGCCAUGAAGGUGAUAUGUGUGUUCUAAAAAGGUGUGCUGAGGCGCUCAAUGAGCUGCUGGACACCACUGUUCCUUCUUAUCAGUGAUGAAUGACCUUAUAGCCUGAGCUGUCUAUGUGUUGUGUUGCAAUUAUGGUUGCUAGUGUACCAUCAUCUGCUGCGUACCAAUAUGUGACUUUGUAGGUGAUAAAAAUAGAAUGAAAUGUAAUGGAUGAUUAAACUGACUUGUAUUGUGACUUGGAUGUAAGUGAGGUAGAGUUGCUAGAGUCAACAACCACUACCUUCUGCCCAAUACCAUUUGGAUCCAGCAAAAGACAAGUUUGAAACAGCCGUAGACAGAAUUUGGUGCAGUGUAAAUGACCAUGACAUCCUAUAUGGUUGUCAUGCUGUGAUUUACUUGCUGCUUUUUUCUGCCCGCUCCUCUGUGUAUUCCAUCAGAUCAAGUCUUCACAUUCUCUAGGGUCAAGUCCUGUUAUCAUGGUUUUGAGGUCCUUCAGAUACUCUCAACCUGGCUUAGCUGGCUAGCCAAAGCGAUUUAUUCUAGAGUGGCUGCUGCUUAUUCUAAAGUUUCUUGGAGCCAUAUCUGAGAGCAGAGCACCAUGUGGGGACCAACGAUUUACUUUGUACCCCCAAGACUGCUACCCAAUCUCAGAUAUGCUACUCAUCCAAAGUUACCUCAUACACCAUGCCAUCAUGAAAAGUCUCAUGUGGGGACCAACGAUUUACUUUGUACCCCCAAGACUGCUACCCAAUCUCAGAUGUGCUACUCAUCCAAAGUUACCUCAUACACCAUGCCAUCAUGAAAAGUCUCAUGUGGGGACCAACGAUUUACUUUGUACCCCCAAGACUGCUACCCAAUCUCAGAUAUGCUACUCAUCCAAAGUUACCUCAUACACCAUGCCAUCAUGAAAAGUCUCAUGUGGGGACCAACGAUUUACAUGUGGGGACCAACGAUUUACUUUGUACCCCCAAGACUGCUACCCAAUCUCAGAUAUGCUACUCAUCCAAAGUUACCUCAUACACCAUGCCAUCAUGAAAAGUCUCAUGUGGGGACCAACGAUUUACUUUGUACCCCCAAGACUGCUACCCAAUCUCAGAUGUGCUACUCAUCCAAAGUUACCUCAUACACCAUGCCAUCAUGAAAAGUCUCAUGUGGGGACCAACGAUUUACUUUGUACCCCCAAGACUGCUACCCAAUCUCAGAUAUGCUACUCAUCCAAAGUUACCUCAUACACCAUGCCAUCAUGAAAAGUCUCAUGUGGGGACCAAUGAUUUACUUUCUACCCCCAAGACUGCUACCCAAUCUCAGAUGUGCUACUCAUCCAAAGUUACCUCAUACACCAUGCCAUCAUGAAAAGUCUCCUGACCUAAAAUUAGUUCAAACAUCUCACAACCCAUCUGUAAAUGUAUCCUUAAAAAACAUUUUCUUUUUUAUAUUAUUAAAAUAGUACAAUGUCCUUGUGUAGAAUAGGAAAUUCUUAAGUAGCAUGCACUUUGACACAUGUACGGGUUACUAAAUUGGUAAACCCUUGUUGAGACCCUUUACAUCCAUGUCUUUUGAAUUUUAAAAAUAAUUUUCAUUAAUUUGUGGCUUCUCUGGUUAUUUUGAUAGUAAGUCAACACUUCGUUAGCCGCAUGUCAUUAAACAAAAUAAUUACUAGAUAAACAAUGUACAAAAUUAUGUAUUUAUUCUUAAGGCACAUAAUUCUCAGAUGGUUAUCGAAAUAUAACUCAAAGAUUUAUAUCUACAUUGCUUUAUUGUAGAUAAAAAUGUGGCAUUGAUGUUCACUUUGUUGACGGGGUGGGGGGGAGAAGAAACAAAGAACACCAACAAAGAACUCCCUGGUAAAACUGAAAAGAGGAGGUGCUCUUUGAGCCCCUCCCCAGAAAAUUUUUGAUACAUUCAAAAUGCUGGGAUGCAUUUUGGCGCAUACCUGAAUCUUGUUUUGCAUCAUACUACACUUGAUCAGAGAGUAAGAGAAGAAAUGCUGGUAGAAAUUUGGGUUCCCUUUACCUACCUGUUUUUAAAUUUAAACAAAUCCUUCAUGUAAGUAGUUAAUGAAAAGUGAUAGUUGUCAUUAAUUUUAUUUUUAAGAUUUGAAAUUACUAAUUUUAAUCUUUCAUUUUUCUUUAAUUUGUCCAAAUGCAGUACCAUCACUUACCUUCUAAUAAAAGCACUGUAUAUUUAUACAUUUUUAUAUUUAUGCCAUGGAUGAAAAUAAGUGCAAAUUGAAUGAAGAAAGAAGUUCAUUUGUGAUACAUCCGGCUUAAUGAUUAAUGCAGCGUGCUACAUUCAACUUGCAGGUCACAGGUUGACCAUCCCUGGUCUAUUAGAAAAUCCCUGGUCUAUUAGAAAGUCAAUGUUUAAUUGUGUUUUGAAUUGAAAUAGUUGUCAUUUUGAAAAGUGUGUCAUCAUACAUAUUUUUAAAAGCAAUUAAUUGUUUUAAUUUUCCUCUAUUUUGCAGAAGGAUGUCCUUUCCGAAUUACCAAGUGCAUCAGAAAGUAUAGAGUCAUCUGCUGAAAGCAUACUUUCAAAUAAGGUAGUUCAUUACAUGAAUAAUUUUAAACAUGAUACUUCAUUGACCACUUCGCUACCGAUGACGUCGAUGCGACGUCAUGAUCACCCACUUUCAAUUACCAAGAACGUCACAUUGUCGUCAUAACAAAGAGGCAAAAACUUUUUUCUUCUUCUUCUAUAUCUUAAGGGCCCACGAUCAAUUUAUUGAUCAUUUUGGCUCCUAUGCAUGUAGAUGAGAUUUGCAAUGUUUCUGUUACUGGUGGUGAUGAGGAAAUUAUGCACUUGAGGCAAUAGACACAAAUGUGUCUAGUGUUGUCGCCUCAACUGUUCCUUUUGAAAGAUGGUUCCAGUCCCUGAUUGUCUUGGGCAGGAAUGAGCAGCUCCUAUACUGGCUUCUUGCUGAAAUACCAAGGACGUCACGUCGAUGUCAUAUUUCAAUGCUAUAUAUUUCUUUAUUCGUUAAUCUAUAGAGAAGUUAAAUAGCAAAUCCGAUAGAAGAUGAAAAAUACCAACAUUUUUUUGUUUAUAAAAUUAUUUUUACAAUUUUUAUUAUUUAAAGGGAGGGGGGAAGGGGAGGGGGGGGGAGGGGGGGGGAGAAGAGUUUUUUUUAUUGCUGAAUCAGCAAAAAAUGAUGCCCAAAAACCAUCAGUAAUGAAGGGGUUAAGAAAGUGGGAAAUAAUUUUAUUUCUAAGAAAUGUUCUGGUUCAUAUAUGUGGUCUUUGAUUAAAUGAUACAUAGUUUUUUUAUACAAAGGAAAUUUGUUUCAUGAUACUGUUUUUUAUCUGUUCAUUUGGUAGACACAGUGCAGCAUGUCCAUAGUACAGUGUCAGAAUUUACAAUCAGUUUAUGGAUCAUCUUCCGAAUACAUAAGUAAUCUUGAGGUUGCUACAAAAUAUAUUGUGGAGUCACAUCAUCUGAAAUUACUGGUCAUAGAUCUAGGUGUCGAUGACCCCCCAGCCUUAUCAGAUGAUUAUUCAAGGUUUGUAUGUAUUAUCAAGUACAUGAACGUUGAAGGUUCUUUAAACAAAAAUUUGUAUUCAAACUAAAAAUAUAAAUAACAAACUAAGCUCUCCUAUUCCUAUUUGAAACAGUAAAACAAUCUGAACUUGAAUGAAUCGAUUGACUUUCGCUUAACAAUUUAAUAAAAUUUAAGUUUUUCCUUGUGAUAAGAAUUUCACUAAGGAUAUUUUAAUACAUCGCACACACAUAUAUACCAUACUAGUGCAAUGGCUAGUGAUCAAUAAUGAUAUAUUAAUUAUUAAAUGCAUAUAAAUAAUCUACUAUAUUUUUCUUAAGAUAGCACUUUGCCAGGUAGAAGUCAUCCAUUCGUAAUAUACAAGCUAAGAGGCAAAAGGGAAAUGGAGGCUGGUUAAGAGAUUUCACUUAUGGGAGGGGUCAGAUGUCUCAAUAAAUGAAUAUUCAUGAAAGUUAUAGCAUCUUAAAACAUAAUUCAGUCAUAGUUGCAACAACAAAGAAGAAAUCAACUCAAUAAUUUAAAGACCUGCUUUGGCCCAUCUGAUAUCAUUCAAACCAAAUAGACAGUCAAAUGAUGCUGUAAUUUUGAGUCAAACCAUCUGAAAGACUUUUUAUUUAAUAUCAAAUUUUUUAUCUGGGAUGAAGGAUGAAGUUAAUUUUUUUUAAAUCAGAACUCUGGAGAAUAAUGAAGCUUUAUUGAUACAAAUAUUAGUGCUAUAAAAAAAAACAUUUCAAUUUCGUGCAAGAAAAUCACUUAAUGAAUAUCAAAAAGUCUCACGGUAGGAGAUGGUUUAUGUGUAAUCAUUUGUGUCUCAGGCUAGAAGAUGGUUUUAUAUGUAUGUAUCCACAGGGUGUCUCAUGGUAGGAGAUGGUUUAUAUGUAUGUAUCCUCAGAGUGUCUCUAAAAACAUACAAGGUGCAAUGGGGUGGGGGUCAGGAGGUAUGUUUAGCUUUAGUAAUGUGUGGAUGGCCCCAAAUGCCAAAAAAUAUACAAACAAUUAGUAUCAUUUUUUAUUUUUCAUGAAAUUAUUUCUAUAUUGUCAUUUUGCACAACUUUAAUCAUGUUUUCAUGUUUUUCUUUUCAGUGUCCUGUACAUAUCUUUAAAAUUAUCUGGAAAGAAUAACAGCUUUAAUGGAAC